AUGUCCAUAGCUUCUUCUUUUAGUCCAGCAAAAGCUGCUUUGGCUCCUGGUUCUGCCCUCUCUUGCAAACGACUUCUUCAAUCCACUUUGAACACUUUUUCGGAACAAAAGAGGAUGAACUCUACUACUUCCGCCGAGCCUUUGCGCCCAAAGGGCGCUCAAGUUGGUGAAUUUCGCCAAGAAUCUGACACCUUUGGCCCCGUACAAGUGCCUGCCGAAAAGUACUGGGGUGCACAGACUCAACGUUCCCUUCAAAACUUCCGUAUCGGAGGUCCUGGCGAGCGUCUUCCCCUUCCUUUAGUCCAAGCCUUUGGUAUCUUGAAAUUUGCUGCCGCUUCCGUCAACAAAACUUUUGGCUUGGACCCCAAGCUUGCUGGUGCCAUUGAACAGGCUGCCCAAGAAGUUAUUGACGGCCGCUUAAAUGACAACUUCCCCUUGGUUGUCUUCCAAACUGGCUCAGGUACCCAAUCCAACAUGAACAGUAAUGAGGUGAUCGCCAACCGUGCUAUUGAAUUGCUUGGUGGUACUUUGGGCGCCAAGAAGCCUGUUCACCCUAACGACCAUGUCAACAUGUCUCAAUCGUCUAAUGAUACUUUCCCCACUGUUAUGCAUAUCGCUUCCGUCUUGCAAAUUCGUAAGCAUCUCCUUCCCGCCAUGGAGCUUCUUCGCGACUCUUUGAAGAAGAAGCAAGACGAGUUCCAAGAUAUAAUCAAGAUUGGCCGUACUCACAUGCAAGAUGCCACUCCUCUCUCUUUAGGUCAAGAAUUUUCGGGUUAUGUUACUCAAAUGGAAUACGGCAUUGCUCGUGUCCACAAUGCCCUUCCUCGUCUCUCUCUUCUUGCCCAAGGUGGUACCGCCGUAGGUACCGGUCUUAACACUUUCAAAGGAUUUGACGUUAAGGUUGCCGACAAAAUCACUGAGAUUACUGGAAUUGAGUUUAAGACUGCUCCCAACAAGUUCGAGGCUUUGGCUGCUCACGAUGCCAUUGUUGAAACGAGUGGUGCUUUGAACACCGUUGCUUGCUCUCUCAUGAAGAUCGCCAAUGACAUUCGCCAACUUGGUUCCGGUCCUCGUUGUGGUUUGGGUGAGUUGGUCCUUCCUGCCAACGAGCCAGGUAGCUCUAUCAUGCCCGGUAAGGUCAAUCCUACUCAAUGUGAAGCUUUGACCAUGGUUUGUGCUCAAGUUAUGGGUAACAAUGCCACCAUUACUUUCUCCGGAGCUUCUGGCCACUGCGAAUUGAACGUCUUCAAGCCGGUUAUGGCCAAGAACCUCUUGAACAGUGUUCGCUUACUCGGUGAUGCUUGUGAGUCUUUUACCGAACACUGUGUUGACGGUAUUGAAGCCAGCCGUGAAGGUAUUGCCCGUCAUUUGAAUGACUCUUUGAUGCUUGUCACUGCUCUAAAUACCCACAUUGGUUAUGACAACUGUGCCAAGGUUGCCAAGACUGCUCACAAGAACCAAACUACCCUUAAAAAGGAGUUUGUUGAUUUGGGUUAUGGCUCUGCCGAACAGUUUGAGCAAUGGGUUCGUCCCGAGUUAAUGAUUUCCCCAAAAAAGUAA